CGGUGCCGGCGCUGCCGGGGACAGCAUGGCCUUGAGCUGGUGGUGGCGGUGCGGCUCUUCCUGCCGCCGGGCGCCGCCGCUCGGCCCCGCGCCGCCCCGCCGCCCGACGGGACUCGGCCCACGCGGAGCAACCGCGCUGCGAGCCGCGAUGUGUCACUGUCCCCAAAGAAGCUCAGUGUGGUCAUUUCCGAAGCUGCGCAGUGUACCUUGGCGGUUUUAUCAUACAAGUACAGCCCGAAUGUGCAGCUGCAGUAAGACAGUUAGCGAUGAAAAAUACCAAGACCCUUUUCAACUUGGCAGAAAAGACUUGAAGAAUCUCUAUGAGGAUAUUAAAAAGGAGUUACUUAUAUCUACUGCUGAACUUAGGGAAAUGUGUGAAUAUUACUUUGAUGGGAAAGGAAAGGCCUUUCGACCAAUGAUUGUGGUGCUGAUGGCAAGGGCUUGCAACAUUCACCAUAGCAAUUCCAGAGAGGUGCAAGCAAGCCAGCGCUCUGUGGCCAUAAUUGCAGAGAUGAUCCACACGGCUAGCCUCGUUCAUGACGAUGUUAUUGAUGAUGCAAAUUCUCGCAGAGGAAAAAUGACAGUCAACCAGAUCUGGGGAGAGAGGAAGGCAGUUCUAGCUGGUGAUUUCAUCCUAUCAGCUGCUUCCUUAGCUUUAGCACGAAUUGGAAACACUACGAUCGUCUCUGUUCUGACUCAGGUGAUUGAAGAUUUGGUGCGUGGUGAAUUCCUCCAGUUGGGUUCCAAGGAAAAUGAGAACGAGAGAUUUGCUCACUACCUCGAGAAGACUUUUAAGAAGACUGCGAGUCUGAUAGCAAACAGUUGUAAAGCAGUUUCAAUUCUAGGCUGCCCCGAUCCCAAAGUUCACGAGAUUGCAUACCAGUAUGGGAAAAACGUUGGCAUUGCUUUUCAGCUAAUAGAUGAUGUGUUGGAUUUUACAUCAUGUGCUGACCAUCUUGGGAAGCCAGCAGCAGCAGAUCUCAAGCUUGGCUUAGCCACAGGCCCUGUCUUGUUUGCAUGUCGACAGUUUCCAGAAAUGAAUGCCAUGAUAAUGAGACGAUUCAGUAAGCCAGGAGAUGUUGAACGUGCUCGGAAUUACGUGUUGCAGAGUGACGGUGUGCAGCAAACAACCUACCUCGCCCAGCGCUACUGCCACGAAGCCACGAGAGAGAUCAGCAAACUGCGCCCAUCCCCUGAAAGAGAAGCCCUCAUUCAACUGACAGAAAUGGUACUCAUGCGAGACAAGUGAGACAACUCCUUGCACUCGUUCUGGCAGCUACUUACCAGACUGUGCCUACAUUUCCUUCAAGUUAUUUGCUUCCAACGCAGGCUACCAAAAAUUAUUUUUUUAAGAAACUUUUGUGGUUUUUUUUGUUGGUUUUUUUGUUUGUCUUUUUUUUUG